UACUACAAUUAAUCCCAAACCUUUCUCUUCUCUUCUCUCUGUCACGAGAAAACCCCAAACCCUCCAUCCACCACUCGAUCGGACAACAUAACCGCCGUCUGCCAAACUCCGUUGCUGUGGCCGUCCCCUACCGCCGUCCACAACCUUCUCCAGGAGGCUAUUGUUACAAAAAUCAUAAGAUGGACGAAUAUCAGGAAAUGGAAAGGUUUAGUAUGGAUAAUGAUUAUGAAGAUGGUCAGUGGAUUGGCGGUGAAUUUUAUGGCAAGCGUAGACAGAAACAUGCUCAGACCAAGGACGAUGUUCUUUAUGGUGUAUUUGCUGCUGGCGACAGCGACUCUGAUUCAUAUGAUGGGCUGGGAUCAAAGAAGCGCAGGAAAGAUCUAACUAAGAAGACCGACUACACCAAGCCUGUUAAUUUUGUUUCAACUGGAACUGUUAUGCCCAAUGAGGAGAUUGAUCGUAAUUCCAAGGAGGAUAAUGACGUAAUGGAUGAAGAUGAGGUCAAACCUACUGGCCUUGGAUCUUCUGCUGGUCUUGGAUUUGGUUCGGCCUCUUCCAAGAAUGUCACUCCUGAAGCUGCACAUGCUCAUGAAGGUAAGGAUGAAGAUGAUAACUUCCUGCCCUCUGCCUUUGGGAAGAAGAUAAAGGAAGGUGCCCAGUUGCGCAGAGAAAGGGAGAAGGAAAAAUCCAUCCUAGCCAAGAAGUCUUCUCAAGUUGGCAGGAGAGAAUUGGACCCAGCUGGUGUUGGUGCAUUUGAGAAGCAUACUAAGGGUAUUGGGAUGAAGUUGCUUGAGAAGAUGGGCUACAAAGGAGGUGGCCUUGGUAAAAAUGAGCAGGGAAUUCUGGCUCCUAUCGAGGCCAAGAUGCGCCCAAAGAAUAUGGGAAUGGGCUUCAAUGAUUAUAAAGAGGCUAUUCGCCCUGCAUUACAGGAGUUAGAUGAAAAAUCGUUGAGACCUCCAAGCCAAUCUUUAGAAGGUCGUUCAAGAGAGAAACUUUGGUCAAAGCAAGCUCAGAAGAAGAAGGUUUAUAUAACAGCAGAAGAGUUACUGGCCCAGAAGCAGGAACAGGGUCUUGAAGUUGUUCAGAAGGUUGUUGACAUGAGGGGACCACAGGUGCGUGUUCUGACAAAUUUGGAGAACUUGAAUGCAGAAGAUAAAGCCAGGGAGAAUGAUGUUCCCAUGCCUGAACUUCAGCACAAUGUAAGAUUGAUAGUUGAUUUAGCCGAGCUUGACAUACAGAAGCUUGAUAGAGAUUUGAGGAAUGAGAGGGAGACUGCGGUUGCUUUGCAGAAGGAAAAGGAAAAACUGCAGAAAGAGGCGCAUCAACAGAAGCAGCAACUUCAGAACAUGGAAGAGAUAGUGAGCAUACUGGACCAAAUAGGCGAGGAGAGCUCUUCAGGGACACUGACUCUAGAAUCACUUGCUAAAUCAUUCAUGGAUUUGCAGACAAGAUUUUCAGAUGAUUAUACGUUAUGCAACUUAUCAUGCAUUGCGUGCUCAUAUGCUCUACCUCUGUUUAUUAGAAUAUUUCAGGGGUGGGACCCACUUCAGAGUCCAACUCAUGGAGUCGAGGUGGUGUCCCUGUGGAAAAAAUUAUUGCAAGGCAAAAAUUCGUUGAAUUUCUCUGUUGCAGCCUCUCCAUACAUGCAGCUGCUUAUGGAAGUUGUAUUCCCAGCCGUGAGAAUAUCUGGUACCAACUCUUGGCAGGCACGGGACCCUGAGCCUAUGCUUAGGUUUUUGGAAUCUUGGGAAGAGCUUUUGCCUCCUCCUGCCUUACAACUCAUACUGGACAGUGUAGUUAUGCCAAAGAUAUCAGCUGCAGUGGAUUCUUGGGAUCCACGUACAGAAACCAUUCCCAUCCAUUCUUGGAUCCAUCCAUGGUUACCACUAUUGGGACACAAGUUAGAGAAUUGCUAUCACACCAUACGUAAUAGAUUGGCAAGUGUUCUUCACGCCUGGCACCCAAGCGAUAUGUCUGCGUAUUACAUAUUGUCUCCUUGGAAAACUGUGUUUGAUCCUGCCAGUUGGGAGCAGCUAAUGGUUCGAUACAUCAUUCCAAAGUUGUUGGCUGUUAUGCAUGAUUUACAAAUAAAUCCUGCCAAUCAGAAUCUUGAUCAAUUCUAUUGGGUACGAACAUGGGUUACCUCUAUUCCUACUCAUCACAUGCUGCAGUUGAUGGAUGUUUUCUUCAAUAAGUGGCAAGAAGUCUUAUACCAUUGGCUGUGUUCAAAACCAGAUUUUGAGGAAGUGACCAAGUGGUAUCUUGGCUGGAAAGAACUUCUUCCUCCGGAACUUCAGGCAAAUGAGCAUAUUCGAUAUAGGCUUAACCUUGGUCUAGAUAUGAUGAACCAGGCUGUUGAAGGAAUGGAGGUUGCGCCACCUGGUUUGAAAGAGAAUAUCAGUUACCUCAGAGUGCGCGAACAAAGACAGUUUGAGACUCAGAAAAAAGCAGCUGCACAAGCUCAACAACGGGCCUCUCCAGGCUUGGAUGCUGGAGCUAAAGCAGAGGGCGUCAGUGGUGGGGUUGAAAUGACCUUGAAAGAAGUUAUUGAAAUUCAUGCUCAGCAUAAUGGUCUGUUGUUCAAGCCUAAACCUGGAAGGAUGCAAGAUGGCCAUCAAAUAUAUGGUUUUGGUAACAUAAGCAUAAUCAUAGACUCCCUCAAUCAAAAGGUGUUUGCCCAAGCUGAGGACAGAUGGUCUCUGGUAUCCCUUGAGCAGCUGCUGGAGUUGCAUAAUCGCUCUAGGUUGAAGCGCCACUGAGCUCCCAAACUCCUUAAGAGUAAUUUUUGUACAAAACAAACUGUUGCAAUGGGGAAUUCGCUGUUAUUAGAUUCUGCUAUUUGGUCCCCGGAUUUAGAAAUCUUGUACUGCCUUAAUUUUGUAAUCAGAUAUAUCUUCUUGCAUAGGUGUAAACUACUGAUAACAUACAUCCAGCCUUAGUGUUCCCAUUUGAUAAACUGAUAAUUAAUUUUAGGACAUCUUUAGUUGUAUGGAGUUUCAACACUUUUAUCACUUUGGUUUUAUUA